AGCCUAUAUGUGAACUGCAACCCGGCGGACUCCUCCCCUCCCUGCUCCUCCCACCCCUCUCCAGACUCUAUAGUGCCUCCGCCUCAACGCAGCAUAGGGCACAGACAGAGCGGCUGCCUCUGCAAUGUCAGCGGCCGCACCGGCGGCAGCAGCAGCAGCGAGAACCCCGACCAAAGCCCAGAAAUCGUCACGCAGCUAGGUUCCCCCGAAGAACGCAGCUGUCCCUGGGGCUAGGAUUAGCCAACCUGCUGCCCAUCUCCUCCUUUCAUCCAGGAGACAACGUGACCCCCCGGAGUCUGGCUGUCCCGAAGGACACCCCGCAGAAGGAAGCACGACUUUGCAGGGAGGAGGGGGAACAGCUCCGGAAUCUCCCACCUCUCCCCCACCCAACCUCCUCCUCGGCAGCGCCUGCCCGCAGUCUUUCUCCUUUCCUCCGGCUCGCCCACUCUUGAGACAAGCUCUCCCUCGGAAGCCGGCGAAGAGCCCCGAGGAUCGCACAACAAAGAAGAGUCAGGAAUUAGGAAACAGGAAACCUGCCUGUAGACGCUGCAGAGACUAGAAGAUAGCACGACCAUCUCUGCCCCCACCCCCGCUAAGCAACACUUUCCCCUCCACCCUCUCUCACCCCUCGCCCCCAUCUUCCUUCCCGUCUGGGCUGCCCAGCUAUUGAUCAACCUCUGAGUGCCCUGAGAGGGAAGGAGACUCCUCGCUUGCAGUACAGCCAUCCUCUCUCUCCCCUCAGAGGGGGGAAAGAAAUAGAAGGGAGGAGAGAAGAGAGAUAAUCAUAUGACCGUGGUAAUAAAUAACCCGAAGAGAGACUGUCCUGCUAGCUCAGAUGCUGCAAUGCUGCCAGCUCUGAAUGUGGGGAGAGGCAGUCUCUGAGGGAGCCGCCACUGCCGGCCCCCAUCUCUUGCGCAGCCCCAGGAACCACUGCUCCAGCUUUCUUCCCCUGGGCGUCCGAGCCCUGCAGCGCAAGCUGCUUUCCUUCCCGGCUGGCUAACAGCAGAGAGAAAAGACGCAAGUUGUCCUGUGGCAGCAGCAGCAGCAGCAGCCAAGGCAGCUAGACGUCCAGCUUCUAGCCGCCCGUCAGUCCUCUAGCCCCGCGUCCCCGCCCCUCCGCGCCGCGCUGCGCCGCGUGUACACCUCCCCUCGCCUACACAGCUCCACUGGGUUAGCGCGGACUCCGCUGUUGGUGCUGCUUGCUCCAGGUCCGCAGCCGGAAAAGAAGUCAAGUCAAUCGCCCGGCUCUAGAUAAGAGUGGGCGCUUUUCUCUCCGCUCUCCCGAGCCACAGAAGAUUAAAAUGGCCACUCUACUCCGGAAAAUCGGGCUUAUCCGGCUACACAACCGGGACACUGAGGACCCCAAACAUCACCACAACCAUCUCCACAGCAGCAGCCAGCACGGCCGCGGCGGCGGCGGCGGCUCCUCGCUGAGGGGCAAAGGCAACCAGAAGAACCACAGUAACAAGCAGCAGCAGAAUGCUCCGGGAGGAGUGGGCGGCUGCAGCGGCGGCAGCAGCGGUGGCGGUAACGAAGGCAGCCCAGGGCAUUCCAAGAACAAGAGAGCGCUGGAGCUGGCUAACAAGGACAAGCAGCUGCAGCAGCAGCAGCAGUCCAGCGCUGGGGGCCACAAGGAGAAGCAGGCAAGCGCCAGGGAGAACCAGUCCACUAAGGAAUCCAAGCAGCAGCCCGGAGGUGGCGGGGGAGGUGGCCGCAGUGGCGGCGGGAAGGGCUCCUCUCAGGUGGCCCAGAAUCCAGCGGCCGGCAGCCUGGCGCCGAUGGGGCGGGGGCAGCCUGGCACCCAGGUGAGGAGCAGGCGGCUGAUGAAGGAGCUGCAGGACAUCUCCCGGCUGAGCGAUCGCUUCAUCUCUGUGGAGCUGGUGGACGAGAGCCUCUACGACUGGAACGUGAAGCUGCACCAGGUGGAUAAGGACUCGGUGUUGUGGCAGGACAUGAAGGAGACCAACACCGAGUUCAUCCUCCUCAACCUCACCUUCCCUGACAACUUCCCCUUCUCACCGCCCUUCAUGCGUGUGCUCAGUCCCCGGCUAGAGAACGGCUAUGUGCUGGACGGGGGAGCCAUCUGCAUGGAGUUGCUCACCCCCCGGGGCUGGUCCAGCGCCUACACUGUCGAGGCUGUCAUGAGGCAGUUCGCUGCCAGUCUGGUGAAGGGCCAGGGCCGAAUCUGUAGAAAAGCUGGCAAAUCAAAAAAAUCCUUCAGUCGCAAGGAAGCGGAAGCAACAUUUAAGAGUUUGGUGAAGACUCAUGAAAAGUAUGGUUGGGUCACCCCUCCGGUCUCUGAUGGCUGAUGUUUGAAACCCUUGCAUUAGACGCUUAAAAACAAAACAAAACAAAACACACAAAUACUAUGACAUCUCCUCAGUGCUGUACAUCCACUCAUCCUUUUCUACGUCAGCUUCUGUUAGAUACUGUACCAUGAAUGUCAAGGAGACAUUUAAGUUAUUUAUGAACAGAUGUGUUUACAGGAAGAGAAAAAGGGAGGGAGAGAGUUGGGUAGAAAAACUACUGUUUAGGAUUAUGUUUCAAUAAUAAAUGGUCAUCUUGAAGUCGCUGUAGAGUGAAUGUUGAGACGCUAUCAUUUCCUUUCAUUCCCCUUCCUUCCAUCGAGUCCACAUUGUCUUCACCUUCUUGCCAUGACAGCUGCACCAAAGAGCAGGGAUGGAAAAAUCUGUCCAUUUCUGCUCAGUCCAUUUCAAUGUAAAUGAAGCUGUUCAUCUUUACUAGAAAAGCAGUGCAUUGCAGGUACAUGUUUGCUGUGCUCUUUAUCUUCAUUUUGUUUUCUAGCAAAUCAACGUAACUUGAAGAUUUGUCUUUAUGUGAAGCUAUGAUCUGCUGUGACUAAAUUUAGACCUCAUUUGUGAUCUUUAUGACCUUUUGCCUCAUAAGAAAAAAUAAAAAUUCUGACAUUGCCAGGUCCUUGUGGAAUAGGAUCAUCUGUGAGGUGAACUUGCCCAUUUGGUCAAAAUGUGCUCUCUAUGCUGAUUUUGUGGUAUGCUGUUGUUCACAAACCAACUGAGGCCAUUAGAGAGAAAGACUGAUGAUAACUUAUGAUAAAAACUGCAGCCUGUGCUUCAGGAUGGGAUUCAAAGUCAUUAAAUGAGAGUAGAAUCAGAAUAGGGUUGUUUUGUUCUUUUACUGGUAUGUUGCAGUAUUGCUAUGACAGCAGAUUUGUUUGUUUGCCUGUCAGCUUUCAACCGGCAAUCCAUACACGAAAAAGUAUGUCAAUUUACAUUCACAAAACUUAAUAUGAUAUUUUAAAUCAUGUGCCAGUGGAUGUGAAAGUCAGAGCUUCAAAAAAGUAAAAAUAAGUGAAUUGUAAGACGAUUUGCAUGGCUGGAUUUUUUUUUUAACUGAAUAGUCAUUGUAUGUACUUUGAUCCCAAUAUGUGAGAGAACCCACUGCUGUAUAUAAAUGUCCUGUUAUUUAAUCUUUGGGAUUUCAUUUUUCUCUUCUGUUAAGUUACAUAGAACUUUCUUCAAAAAAAAAAAACUCCAAGAAAGCAAGAAAUAAUGUUUAUAGUGAUCUGUGCAAAGAGGUUUAAAAUGGUGAUUUCAAAUGGAAAAUAUUAUUGGACUCAUUUUAAAUAAAAUCACCCAUACCUGUUA